AUGUCUUCCACCCCUCCCCUCACCCUCCCCAAAUCCUACAACGACCUCCCCUUCACGCAAAUCCAAACCCGCCACCACGCCCCCGAACCCAGCAUCAUAAUCCUCACCCUCCACCGCCCCAACAACCACAAUGCCUUCACCCCCACCAUGCGCGACGAAAUCAUCCACGCCUACACCCUCUUCAACGCCGACGACCGCGUAAAAUGCAUCGUCAUGACUGGUCAUGGUCGUAUCUUUUGCGCGGGCGCCGAUCUGGACGAUGGGUUUGGGAAGGGGGUUCAUGGGGGGGCUGAUGCUGAGAAGGUGCAGGAGCAUAGGGAUGGUAGUAAACGCAGCGGCGGACGCGCAGCCCUCGCCAUCCACCACUGCACCAAACCCACCCUAGCCGCCCUCCAAGGCCCCGCCGUCGGCAUCGGCAUAACACUCACCCUCCCCAUGAACAUGCGCAUCGCGCACUCCAGUGCGAAAAUCGGUUUCGUCUUCGCCCGCCGCGGCCUCGUCAUGGAAGCCUGCAGCUCGUACUUUUUACCGCGGCUAAUCGGGCACUCGCGCGCCAUGCAGGCGGUGACGACGGGGGCUACAUACCCGGCGAGCCAUCGGGUGUGGGACGGCUUGUUUGCCGAGACGUGUGAGAAGAGCGAGGAUGUGUUACCCAGGGCGCUGGAGCUGGCGGAAGAUGUGGUGCGGAAUACGAGUGUGGUUAGUACGUAUCUGAUGAAGGAGAUGAUGUUUAGGGAUAAGGGGAGUGCCGAGGGACAGCACUUGUUGGAUAGUAGGGUGAUUUAUGAGUUGUUUGGGUCGCCAGAUAACACUGAAGGGGUUCAGUCGUUCAUGGAAAAGAGACCUGCGGUGUUUACUGGGACAAUGGAGAAUACUAACGUGACUGGGUAUCCCUGGUGGAUGCCAUUGGAUACAUCGGCAAGGCCAAGGGGAGCACCGACAGGGAGGCCAAAGAUCUAG